AUGGAUUCCAGACCUAAUCAUUCCCAAAAACCACAUGCUGUAUUCGUACCAUUUCCAGCACAGGGUCAUGUGAAUCCUUCUAUGCAGUUAGCCAAACUCUUCCGUUGCAAUGGUUUCCACAUAACCUUUGUCAACACUGAGUUCAACCACAAACGUUUGAUUAAAUCUCUUGGACAAGACUUUGUGAAAGGUCUCCCGGAUUUUCGAUUCGAGACCAUACCCGAUGGUUUACCGGAAUCAGAUAAGGAUGCAACACAGGAUAUUCCAACUCUGUGUGACUCAACUAGGAAAAACUGUUAUGGUCCAUUCAAAGAGCUUGUGAUGAAGCUCAACACUUCAUCGCCAUAUCCAGUUACUUGCAUAGUUGCUGAUGGAACUUUUGGGUUUGCUGGAAGAGUGGCUAGAGAUUUAGGGAUUCCAGAGUUACAGUUAUGGACAGCUUCUGCUUGUGGCUUUGUGGGAUAUUUGCAAUUUGAGGAACUUGUCAAAAGAGGAAUUCUUCCAUUCAAAGAUGAAAAUUUUAUGGUCAACGGUACAUUGGAUAAAAGUUUAGAUUGGAUUACGGGAAUGAAAGAUAUCAGAUUAAAAGAUCUUCCAAGUUUUAUAAGAGUCACUGAUUUAAAUGAUACUAUGUUCGAUUUCUUGGGUUCUGAGGCACAAAAUUGUUUGAGGUCAUCCAGAAUCAUCAUUAACACAUUUGAAGAUUUGGAAGGUGAAGCUCUCGACAAUCUUAGAGCUAAAAAUCCAAACAUAUAUAGCAUUGGCCCAAUUAACAUUCUUGGUAGGCAUUUUCCUGAGCAUGAAAAUGGUUUUAAAGCAAGUGGUUCAAGUUUUUGGAAAAAUGAUCCAGAAUGCAUAAAAUGGUUGAAUAAAUGGGAACCUUGCUCAGUACUAUAUAUUAAUUACGGAAGUAUAACUGUUAUGACAGAUCAUCACUUAAAAGAGUUUGCUUGGGGAAUAGCAAAUUGCAAUUUACCAUUUUUAUGGAUAAUGAGACCCGAUGUAGUAAAAGGUGAAAAUACCACCUUGCCAAAAGAAUUCUUAGAUGAAGUUAAGGAUAGAGGAUACAUAACUAGUUGGUGCUUUCAAGAUCAAGUUCUUGCUCAUCCAUCAGUUGGGGGAUUUUUAACUCAUUGUGGUUGGAAUUCGACACUUGAAGCUAUUACUUAUGGCGUGCCUACUAUUUGUUGGCCUUUCUUUGCCGAACAACAAACAAAUUGUAGGUAUUUAUGCAACAUUUGGAAAAUAGGGAUGGAAAUUAAUUAUGAUGUGAAAAGGGAAGAGAUAACAAAACUUAUCAUAGAUCUUAUGGAAGGGCAAAAUGGAAAAGAAAUGAGACAAAAGAGCUUAGAGUGGAAGAAGAAAACUACAAUUGCUACUGAUUUUGGAGGAUCAUCAUAUAAUAACUUUCAUAAGUUAAUCAAUGAGAUUCUUCAACACAAUGCUUUUUGA